UUGGUGGAAGCCCCAAAUCCAACAAGCGGUAGGGAGACAAGCAACAACCAGACGCAGACGCCACGAUGAACAAGGUCCAGAAACCCAUGACGCAGCCGAUCAACCUGAUCUUCCGCUUCCUGCAGAAUAAAUCGCGGGUGCAGAUCUGGCUGUAUGAACAAGUGAACUCGCGCAUCGAAGGCCGCAUCAUGGGCUUUGACGAGUACAUGAACCUGGUGCUGGACGAUGCAGAAGAGCUUGACGUGAAGAACCUCAAACGAAUCCCGUUGGGUCGCAUUUUGCUCAAGGGCGACACCAUCACAUUGAUGAUGGCGGCAGACGGGGGCGGAAGCAACUAGAUCGCCAUCCGUAUACCAUCAUUGGCAAUGCAUCAAUGACCAUGCGACGCCCCCGAGAUAGCAUGUGUUGGUGCAAUGUAUUAUGUAUUCCUCCAGUGUUGACCUUCGG